AUGGACGAUUCACAGUUAGAUUUGGGAGCUUUAGAAGACAUUGAUCCAAGUUUAGAAGGAGGAUUUAAAAUACAAUUUGAUAGGGAAAUUCACAUAGAAACAAGGGUUCAGGAUGCGAAUACAGGUCCAUAAGAGAUUGGAACAUUAGAAUUGGUGAGAGUGAAGAUUUUAGUUUAAGGAGAAUAACAAGCAUUCGAGAAUUUGAAAAUUGAGUUAACAAGUGAAACAGAUUUGUUUUUCAAUUACAUUACAAUCAUAAAUAAGGACAAUUAUAAAAGAAUAAGGGAGGAAUAAAAACUAACCAUUGAAUAUCCUCAAUUUUUAUAAAUGUUGAUCAAGUUAUUAAACUCAUGUCACAAAGAGCCUAAUCAUUUCUUCUGCGUGUUCUUUAUGCAAUAGGAUGGAGGGGCAAGACUUGAUUUUAUUGAGAAUUUAGAAUACAAAUUUAUGGAAAUGCUGUCAUUAGAAUUCAGCUCAGCUUCUGAAGAGACAAUUAGAUAAAAUGUUUCAUUUAGAUAUAAUUUAAUGAAGGCUAAGUUGCAAUUUGUUUAGAAUAGGUAUAGAGAAACACAAUCCUCUUUGAUAAAAUUGAAGAAUCCUUCCUUAUUAGUGUAAAUCAAUAAGGCAUCAGCUGGUGUCAGUUAAAAUCAAAGUACUUAAAAUGCUAGCAAAUACUUGGGAUAAUCAAAAAAGAACAAUACAUCAAAAUUUGUUUGA